AUGCACAAUGUGGGCAAGUCUUACAAGGGAACCCCCAAAUACAGCUUUGUUAAGAUCCCAGUCCCUGCAGACGGCAAGGACGUGUACGACAAAGCCGAGGUGGUCGGGUCUGUUCCCUUCCGAUGGUCUAAGAACCCGACCUACCUGCAUAGCUUCGGCAUGUCAGAGAAUUACUACGUCCUCGUGGAGCAGGCCCUCACCGUCAGCGUCCUAGGCCUAAUGACGUCGCGUAUCUCCAGGGAAACCUAUUCUGAUUGUCUCAAGUGGCAUGCAACGGAAAAGCAGAAUCUGUUCGACAUUGACAAGUAUCCUUCUCUCUCAGAACAGAACCUGUUCCGCAUUGACAAGCACCCAUCUCUCUCACAACAGAACGUGUUACGCAUUGACAAGUGCGCUUCUCUCCCACAACAGAACCUAUUCCGAAUCGUUGACAGAAGAACGGGACAGGAAGUAAAUCCAAAGACGCCAUACUUAGCGGACCCAUUUUUCACGUUUCAUCACAUUAACACUUACGAGGAAGAAGGACACCUUGUGGUAGACGUGUCUGCAUAUCCAGACAAGAAGAUCCUCGACACGUUUUACCUGAAAAAUGUGAAAUCGGAACAGAGAGAAGUUUAUCCGGAACCAACAAUACGACGAUAUGUGUUGCCAUUAGCAACCUAUUCUAAGGCAACAUCAGGGCAAAAUCUUGUGACUGUAAAGGAGUCGUCUGCCAGCGCCAUCAAACAGAAGAAUGGACAGGUUUUGUGUGACUAUGAAAAACUUUCUGACCAAGGUCUGGAUUUUCCACAUAUCAACGAUGGUCGACUUGGAAAGAAAUACAGAUACAUCUACGGAGCAGGCGGACAGUACAUCAAUAAGCUAGUGAAGAUUGACACACUGACAAAGCAAUCCUGGGUGUGGGAGGAAGAAGGGACUUACGUGGCUGAGCCCGUGUUUAUUCCGGGUCCCGGUGCCACUGAUGAGGAUGACGGAGCCCUGCUUUCUGUGCUGUACAAAAUGACCAAACCCCGUCACGUGACCUGCCUGCUGGUGCUGGACGCGCGAACGAUGACGGAGCUAGGGCGCGCGCAGUUUGACGUCUCUCUAUCACGUGACAUUCACGCCUGUUUCGUCUGGUCUUAACUAAAUUACUGCUCAAAAAAGAAGGUCCCUUGGCUUCGGUCAAAAAACAAAAAAAAAAAUAAU